AUGAGAGAUUAUCGUAUUAUUGCAUCAUCACAAUUUCAGAUUCUCGGAUCACUCUGUCGUACGAGUCAACAAAUGAUAUCUGAUUCAUUAAAUGAACUCUUCUCUCAAUAUCUGACUACAAGUGAAGUUAUAUCCAAUGAAAUAUUCAAUGCUCAGCUGGAUUAUCUUGUCGAGCAGUUGGAAUCUCAAAGUAUUAAUAAUCAAAAACAUACGAGUGAUUUUCUCCAGUUAAGCAUUUCUCACAAUACGAUUUUCUCGGCACUUCAAACAAAUUACGCAACAGUAUUUCAAGUUGAAAAAUUCAGCGCUUACCUCGUUGCAAGCGCGUAUUACUUCAAUAAUAAGACUUGCAUUUGUAAUAUGAAUCCCAAUUGCAACGAGCAAGCGAUUAUUUACAGGCUGAAAAGUGUCGAAGCAGUCUACGAUACUGCUGAUGUUCAAUAUUUUGUUUCGUAUUCUUUGAGUAAACUUCUAACUAUUCCUGGUAUACGAGUGGGAUGUUUACCAUAUGACACAUUACUUCAGUCAACUCUUGAAUGUUUCUACAAUGAAUCAUUUAUAGAGCAAAUUCAAAAAUACAUUCCUGCUUUUUCGUUGGUUUCACCACUUUCGCCAUCCCACUUUUCACAAAAUAUAACAGUUAACGAUCUUCUUAGCGAAUUAUUCAUUGAAUCGUGGAACGAAAUGAGAAAUUUCACAGCUUAUUUUCAUGUUUGUGUUCCGCAAUCGUGUACCUAUUCGUAUGAUCGAAGAUUUAACUUUCUACAUGUCAUGGUCACAUUGAUUGGUAUUUUUGGUGGUUUAAAAAUGAUUUUAUAUUUUUCUGCACCAUUUAUCGUCAAAGCCAUUCGACAAAUCGAAAAGAAGAAAUGUUUCUCGAAGAAGUCAGAUUCAAUCGAAACUGAACCACAUUCACAGCAAAAUCUACGAGAUCGUUUGGUGCAUUUUAUAUCUCAAAUCAAGAUCAAACUCAUGACGUUGGACCUUUUCCCGACGCUCGCCAAUAUUAAAGACGGAAUUUAUUCGACACGUGUUUGUCUUUUCUGUCUUAUCAUUGCAAUGAUUAUUUUAAUAUUUUACACAUCAAUAUCAAUUCAAACUCGGAGUAUCACUGUUUACCAACCAUCAUUAGAUGAAUAUGACUAUUUGUAUGCUCAAUAUUCGUCAACAUUAAAGUGUCCAUGUUCUCGUCUCUCGGCGCCAUAUUCAUUAAUUAUUCACCUAGAGCCCGAAUAUCAUCAAGUAUGUUCAAGUGAUUUUAUCAAAGAUGAUGUUUGGCUAUUGUAUUUCACUCAAAUCAACGCUGUACUUCCAGCUUAUGAUUUUCGCGGCACAGGUUUAAGAUUCUUUACUAUCCUUCAAACACUUUGUCAAAUGGCAAAUGAAACAGUGAGAAAUGAAUUAAGUGCAUUCAAUGCCAUAGAAUUUGUUACUGCAUAUGUUCUAUCAAGAAGUACAUUUAACACUCAAAUCUCAACUUUGAUACGACAAUUUCAACAGCAGACUGUGAAUUCUUUUCUUGUCAUGUUCCAAUUACUCCGUACUGCAAUUCAGAUGAAUCAAUUUAUGGUUGGCGGCAACACAAACGCUUACCUGCAGGUAUUUAGCAAAAUUAAUGGGUCGAUGUUUCGUUUUAUACCAAAUAGUGCACUUAGCCAGCAAUGUUCAUGUGGUGAAAAUAGUUCCUGUUCGCGCUCUCAAGGUUUUUAUUGCAUUUCAAGUCAAUGUAGAUAUAAUUCAUCAGCACCACCACGCCAAGUCAUUCCUGGCCUUGUGCUGAGCUGUUUACCGGUUGAUUCGCUUCUUUUGUCCACACUUCAAUGGUUCAGAGCCGCUUUUCGCCUGAGACAAAAUUGGAAAAUGUUGUUUCCCAAUUGUUUAUUGAAGAUUGGACGAACACAAGUAAUUUCAGUUCGCAUUAUUCCCUUUUCUGAAAGAAAAGGUUAUAGCCUUCUAAAAUCGGUGGCUCAAAAGCUAAAAGUUUGUGAGUUUGUCCAAUCCAAUCAGGUUGCAGCUUUUUAUAAACCAAUAAAACCUUAG